AGGUAUUGUUGCUGCACCUACUGCAAUAUUGGGAACAGGCCACAUAUCCAUGAAUGACGCUGUAAACAAGGUUGGCAGGAAUAUGUAAUAAAAUACAGAGGAACUGGAAAAGACAUGUGAAAUUCUAAAGUUGUUUCUCUCCCCAGUUAUUCUAAUUCUGGGGGACCUCAGUUCUCUUUGACUCUCUUGACAGAAGAGAGAAGAGAAUGCACAGAGUUCAUCGUCAUCCUUCAGCAUACCUCAGGAGCUACUCUCUCGGUUGUGGUCAGUAUACCUCUGAGCUUAACAACAACUAUGCCAACGCAGCUGAGGAAGCAGCAGAGAGCUCCUCGUGCAAUAUCUGUAUGGCUUCAGUGGAAAACCGGAUCAAAUUUGAACAGACCUGGACAUUGUGGGAAAGGUUUUUGGAACUUUAUUCACGUUUUGAUGACUGGCUGAGGUGGGCUGAAUACACAGCAGCUUACCCCAACUCAUCCCAGGUUUUGCAUGCAGAAGCUAAAGAAGAAGUGAAAAAGUAUGAGAUUCUGCAGAAACAAGUGCAAGAACAUGUUCCACAGCUGGAUUACAUCAACAAACAUUACCGUCAGCUAGCGAAGAAAAAGGGAAUUGGAGUGAGUCGCCACCUGAAGACAAUGGUCCAUGAUGCUAACCAGCGCUGGGAGGACUUAAAUAAAAGAACUGCCAUCAUCUGUAAGAGGCUGAAGCAUUUCAUAAGCCAACAUGAAGAGUUUGAACAUGAAAGACAGAUGAUCAGUGUCUGGCUGACAGAGAUGGACUUGAAGUUGACCAAUGUAGAACAUUUCUCUAGCAACACUUCCACCAGCAAGAUGAAAGCACUCCAAGCGUUUGAGCAAGACAUCCAGCGCAAUACAGAACGCAUAGACCAGUUGCUGGUGUUUGGUGAGCUGUUGAUUCAGAAAAGUGAGCCUAUGGAUGCAGAGUGUUUAGAAAACAAGCUCCAGGACCUGCUUCAGUACUGUCAAGAGGUUUUCAGCCGUGUUGCUCGCUUCCACAGAAGACUUGUCAGCAUGAAACUGGUGUUUGAAAAUGAAUGGCUGUCUGACAGAGAGACUGAUCGAGAUUCUGACUGUGUCUGUGAUGCUGAGCUAGAAGAUGAAGGAAUUUACAGCAACAGUGAUACCACUCUGAAACACUACUCUACCCCAGUCAGUGGUCAUUCCCCACGACGGCUCCCUGAUGUCAAGUGGUGUCGAGUAGAUUUGGAAUGGGACCCGACCGUAGAUGUAGGAGGCUCCAACUCACAUGAUGAAGUAGACUCAUCUUAUUUCAGUGCUAUCACAGGCAUUUAUCAGCCUGAAGAUUCAACCAAAGAAAAUGACAGUCAGAAGAGACUCUCAUUUAAUUUUUCCCUGUCUGCAUCAGAAGUAGAUGUAAGCAACAGCUGCUUGUGUGAGAAUAAUGUUGAACAUCAGGCUUGCAAAAUGUCAACACAAGUAGAAGACAACUGGGGCCAUCAUGAUUUGCUGUCUGUGGUCUGUGAAGAUAAGCAAAACUACAGCCUCAGUGUGAACAACCUGAACAAAAUCAACAGUGGGCAUUGCUGUCAAGUGGAGCAAAUGAAUUUUGAUCCUUGCAGGAUCCAGGACUGGCUUGGUCAAAGUGAUUCUGAGCUGGAGAAAGUGCCGUCUUUGGUAAUAGAGGCAACACCAGAGGAGACAUCGGGACCAUAUGCUUCUGUUUCUCAGAGUCCAAGUACACUUCCAGAUGACUUCUACAGUGUAGAACCAGUCAAGGUUGACCAUGUUCAUCUGGCUGCACCAAAUGAAGCAGUAUGUAUGGUAGACAGUGCAGGACAACAUACACAUGGAGUGUCAGAAACCAGUGAGAGUCUGGAAUUCUUGUCCAGACAUAGGCAGAACCGAGAAAAGAAAUCCGUGAGAGAUGUAGCCAUCCAGAUUGAUCAGUGGCAUGAAUUUCCUUCUGAUUGCUACAGCUCUCAUGAGUCUCCAGUGAAGAAUUCUCUCACCACGUGGCUUUUAAAGGUGGCUGUCUUCAUUUUUGGUCUGCUUGGAAUCUUCAUGUUUGUCCCAUUGCCUGAGCAGGAGUACAACUGUUUUCGGGCUAACCGUUUUGCCAAUUCUUUCCGGAUAAUGCUGACAUAUGUCAAUGGACCACCUCCAACAUAACCACCACAACAUGUCAUGUAUUAUAGUACUGUAUUAGCAUUCAGGCAUUGAUUUUAAAUACAAUGCAGGAGUCAAGCUGCACUGGAUGGGAUUUCAUUUACAGUUGCACAUUUUUUUCAUAAGGAUCCAAAGACAUACCAGAAUGUGCUAAUUGCUGGUCUAAACUGAACAAGAACGAUGGAAGCAGUAUCCUGCCACAGACUUUGUGUUGUGUUUGUAAUUAGUAUGAACAGGUACAUGAAAUGUGCAAAAAUUAUGUUAUGACAAUGGGGCACCACAGAUCACACUCCUGACAUCUUGAACUGCCAAAAGAGCUGUCAUAGGUCAUCACAGUAAGCUACUGUUGAACCUUCAGACAAAACAAGAUGGACAACCUGACUUCAGUGGUCAUGCUGGGAUGAGGGUAACUAUGUAAAAAGGGUAUGAAAUAUGUUCUUAAUGUUGUCAGAGUCUGCAAUGAAAAGGAUGAAAAUAUUUGGACUAAAGUUUGUCAGGCUGUUGAUGUCUUCUUAAUAACAGUCUUGCCUUUCUUACAAAGUGGAACAAAAUCCAUGUUAAACAGUAACUGCAGUAAGCAAAUUCUUUAAGCAGGCAUAUCCUCCAUUUUGCAAGAGUUGCAUUCUACAACAUAACAUUCUUAUACCACUGAGACAAGUCUUUAUCAUGUAUUUUUCUUUUAUUUAUUUCACUGAUAAGUUAGUAUACUUAGAGAAAUGCAUACAGAAACCUCAUUCACGAUUUUCUCUCUCUUCCCUCCACUGCAUAUUUUGAACAGAAUCCUCAUGUUUGCAUAAGCUGUCAGACUAAAAACUUAGUAUGGCAUACUGGUUUCCCUCCAUUUGAUUGAAAGUCAGUUUGGUCACUGAGUGAUAGAGGUGGUGCUUAAUAUUGAACAUACGGAGAGCUAAACAUUCAAAACGUUGAGGGACUGUUUCAUUGUGAAAGGUGAGUGGGAUUGGAUGGGGGUGAGAACAUGUGUGUGUGUGUGUGUGUGUGUGUGUGUGUGUGUGUGUGUGUGUGUGUGUGUGUGUGUGUGUGUGUCUGUAUCUGUGUGCGGUAGCCGGAGUUAGGGUUGGGGAUAGGUUUUGUAUGCUAGUGUGUGUAUUUUAGGGUUAGGAUCAGGGCUAGGUAAGGGGUAGAUGUAGUGAUGUUAGUGUGUGUGUUUGUGUGUCUGUGCGUGUCUUGUGUAGUGGCAGUGUUAUGGGAAGAUUUUUCCUUAAUUUAAGGUUUAGGGUUAUGGUUGGGGAAAGGACAGUGUUAGCGUUAGGGUUAGCACCCAUUACUAAGGUGGUACAGGGAGGCAGAACCCAGUUUUGUUUGAUCAUGUUGUAUACCGAUGUGUUCAUCUCAGCACAUUUUCAAGAUCAACAUUAUUGUUUCACUUAAAUGUAUCACCAGAAUACCUAUCACUAUAAUUACUUCAUUGAAAGGUGUUUCUGCAGUAAAAUAGGCUUUUAACCCCCCCCCCCCCCCCCGCCCCCAACCUCAGUGAAUUUUAGCUAUUCCAGGCAGAGUAUCAGCAGCCAUCUUAACUUUGACACCAGUUAUUUCUCACUGGUAAAGAGUGAGCACACAGUGGUACUAAUAUCUUAUUCCAUGCCCAUUUUCAAAUAGUUUGUCAGCUGCCUUAGUUUGAGUGCAUCUCAAACCUUUACUAAAUGUUAGACCUUGCAGUGCCUCAGGACACACCAUCCAUUAGCAACACAGGGCAUUUUUAUUGUUCAGCACUCCUGCACCAGAAAUGCAAAUUGAAUUGGGUUGACUGACUGCACAAAAGGAUGCUGUCCAUUUGGGAUGGUAGACUGCCUGUAAAGUUUUAUUACCGUAAACAGAAAUGUAACUGCAUCACCACCAAAAUGUGGUAUUUUUUAAUACAAACACUUCUACAGAUCUGCUUAAAUUGUGCCUUAUGGUGCUGUAAUAUUAUUUAAGUUUUUUUCUUAUCUGAUUACUUCAACUUAAAACUGAGAUACUUCCCAUUUUUAAAUACGGCUCUUCCUACUGCAGUCCUUUAAACAGGAAAAAAACUGACACAAGAAAAUGAUGUUGCUCAAGCUUAAAGUCUAAAGGAGAAAUGUUCUUCCUUUUUUAAGCAUCACUUGUUAACUAGCAUACCUGCAGUGUUUAUGCUGUAACAAAAGAAAGUUGUAUGGAAUAUGACAUAAAGUGUCCUUUUUUUAAGACACUGGUCAGUGUUUUCUGAACACCUAAACUGCCCCACUAGGGCUUGUGUAGUACAUAUCCUAUUAGCUCAAGAAGCAUAUACGUUACAAGAGACCAUGCAACAUUUAAACAGCUCCAAUAAUUUGGUUACCUGACUUAAAGCUAAGUUAUGUGUAUAAAACAUGUUAUCAACAGCCUUAUCUCAGGAGCUUUUUAUCAUCUCAGAACUGUUUUAGUUUUAUGUCUCAGGCAGAUAAAGAUUAAGCUAAGGUUGUUAAGUUCCUGUUAUCUUUCUGAAGAAAUGUGCAAAAUAAACUGUGUAGGUUUUUUCCCAGGCAAAAUAAACAUGCACAGUGUUACUCUGCUUUAGGGUAUCUCUUACUUGUAUGCAGGUGGAAAUAACUUACCUUAAAUGUUUUCUUAACAGAUUCUGGCCAGUUUUAGGGUUUCUUUUCAAAAGUUUUAAGGGUAUUAUUUUUCCUUCAUAAAGUCUGCAUUAAAUGGUUUGAGUACCAGUAAGCCACUCACUGCUAACAUUUUUAUUGUAUUUCCUUCAGUAUUUUACUGAUUGUUUUAGAGUUUGUUACUGUUUAUAUGUGUCAGAACAUCAGAAUACACAAAGCUAAAUGUUUUAGAAACAGCAAAAUAUGCCUGAAUUUUAUAAAUAGUAACAAAUGCUUUGGUCAUUUGUUUAAGGUUAAAUAUACAAUUUUAAUUAUAUUAAUAUGGAAAUUAAUGACCAGCACAGUGCAGCAUCCCAUGGCUCUCAGAAGAGCAGCAGACACUCUUAACAGAAAAAAAGGCUUUAACACAAACAGCUUCUAUUGCGUCAGCUUAUGGCAUGUGAUCUGUUUUCUUUGAGUAAAAUAUGAGAGGAGAAGAACAAGGGCUUUCUUGAGAGGAAAUGUAUGUAAUUCCUUCUCCCUAAGCUAAUAAUUUGAAAGAAAUUGGAAGUGAAGUACCGGAUAGGAAUGGAUGGCUUUCUGAAGAGGGUGAUUUGCAGGACACCUCCACUCCCCAGGUGUUCUACUGCAUUUAAUACAUGACCAUUUUCACCAAGGUUCUGUACAACUACCUACAUUAAGGCAGCUGUAUCAUGAAUGAAUAAAAUUGUUUUCCACUGUGUUUUUCCCCAUUCGCCGUAAGAAAUUUGAAGCUGAAGGAGAGUCUACAUUACAAGAAAAUGUAUUCCUCAUAAACAUUUUGAUUCUCUAAAACAAAAUGUUCUACUGUAUCAAACAUUGUUCACAAUUUUUCUGAUUUGGCACAAGUUCAAGCCCACAGUGGUGGUGCUGCGGUAGCGUUGUCACCUCCCAGUAAGACGCUGUCCGGUUCGAUUCUCAGCUAGAGUGUCUUCUGCGUGGAGACA